AUGUUAAAUAAAUGUAUGUAUGUGAUUCUAUUAAUUGUAUCGUUACAUUGCUUGUCGAUUUUGGCAUUCAAUCAUUCUGCGAUAUUAAGUAGUACUGAACCAAAUGUUACAUUCCAUGCAUGGACAAACGAUACGGUUGCUGUGAAGACGGUGUAUCUUGAUGCUAAAAAAUGGCUAUUCGAUAACUAUACUCUUGCUGAGUACGACGGGGAAUGGAUAUAUUGUAAUUCAAGUAAAGCUUCAGAAAUUAACGCAAUUAUAGGUGAAAUCGACGAUGCUGAUUCUUAUUUAAGUUUGAAUAAUGUAAAAAGUGUUCAUAACGGAUCUUAUACCGCUUAUAAUGAUGGAAACAUGUUUCAAUGUUCAAUGAAUCUGAGAGUUUACCACGCUGAACUGAAUGCAGUUGACGUUGUGCUACGUAAAGUUUCAAAUACAUGCAAAGCCUAUCUUCGCAUCAAUGAUUCAGUAACACCAUUAGAUUAUGGAGUUGGUCGUAUUAUAAAUUCAGCACAUUUGAUAGUUAAUCAAACAAAUCUAUUGAAUGCAACUGAUUUCGAAAUCAUCAAUAGUAGUCUGAACGAAAUAAAUAAUUCAAUGCGCAUUGAUGUAGAUGUCCAAUAUACUUUAGCUCAAAAUAAUUCUGUUCAAAUUAAGUCACCACCUGUAGACAUCGGAAGGCUAAUUGAAACACCCAACGUAGUUACAUUUGGUUCUUCAAACAAUUGUACAAUUCUUCUUCAACAUAAUCGUACAAAAAAUAUCGAAUGUGUUCGCAAUAUCAGCUACUGUUUCAAAAUAAAUGAUACGUCGACUGAUUGUUACUUCUCUGACAACGUCGAUCAGUUUGAAUUAGAAUACAGAUCGAAUUUGACUAGUAUUAAUCUGGAGAUUCAAUACGAUAUAAUCUAUGGAAAACAAAGGUUCAACCUCAACAUAGUGAAAUGUCUAGACGAACCAACAACCAUUCUUACAUCAACCAUUCAGACUUCCGUUCCUACACAAAUGACCAGCUCGGAAUCGUAUACUAGUGAGUAUAGCACUUCAGAAAGUACAUCAAUCUACAGUGAUAGUACAUAUUUGACAGUGCCUACAGACUUUUCAAUAGAUUCAACCAUUUCUUCGCCUUCUACAACACCAGUGACGACACCACCAACAGACAAAGAGCGAAAUUCACUUUCUGCAUGUGAAAUAGCAUGGAUAGCUGUUGGGUCGCUUGUUGGUGCUGCAGCAUUGAUCGGAGGAAUCGGUUUCUGCGUAUGGAAGAAAAACUCCGCAAGCUCAUUUGUACCCGAUAUACAAAUGAUAAAUCGAUCAUCUACGCAAACGCCAAAAUCAGAGUUUCAGUCUAGAGAUCGUCGACAGUCAACAACAUCAUCAUUGUCCUCCACUUCAUCAUCAGAACCAAGUGAACGCCCACGUCUAAAUAAUAAUCAUCAUCGUCGGCACAUAUCUCCUCCACCACAGUCAUCGAACAGAUCAGCAAUGCCAUCUCGUAACGAGGAAAGACAGUCGACAAGACCAGUCGAUCCUCCCACUACAAUUUCUUAUGAAACGGAUAAACACAAGCGUCGGCAGAAUCGUCGACGGGGGGCAUCACCAAACAAUGAUUUACAAGCUCAUUCUACAAGAUCUCAUUCACCUCAUCCUAUUCAACAACAUGAGGUGACCCGUGGUCGACGAAGACCAUUGCCACCGAUUUCAUAUGACUAA